AGGCCCCGCUGCGCAUGCGCACCGGAUGUAGAUUCUGAAUAUUUCCUCACACGGGAUACUUACUGAAGACCGUGCGGGAUCCUGCGCGAAAAUGGCCUUCAGGAAAUUCCUCCCCUUGUUUGACCGUGUGCUGGUGGAGCGGCUAGUUGCUGAAACGGUAACAAAAGGGGGCAUCAUGCUGCCAGAGAAGUCCCAGGGCAAAGUAUUGCAGGCCACCGUGAUGGCAGUUGGGCCAGGAGCCAGAAACAAGAAUGGAGAGCUUCAGCCUGUCAAUGUCAAGGUUGGUGAGAAGGUCCUGCUUCCUGAGUAUGGAGGAACUAAAGUGGAUCUAGAUGAUAAGGAAUACUACUUGUUUCGGGAAGGGGAUAUCCUGGGCAAAUAUGUUGAUUGAAAAUGUUUUGUCAUAACUUCUUGAAUUAGUACAUCAGUUAAUUUCCAUGUCAUACAUUUGUAAAUUAUUUUUUUUUUUUUCUUUUUUUUUUUAGAAUAAAGUACAUUUAAAUUGUUUGAAUUCAGAGGAUUCUGCAUACCUGGCUUUCAUUUCAGAUGUUGGGUUUGUGUGUAUGCAUGCUACUAGUUACUUUCUGCUCAUGACUUUUGUGGAAACUGAAUACUCUUAUUUUCCACCUUCCUAUCUUCAGCUGGAGAGUAUACUGAACAAAUGCCUCAAAUCCCAUCAAGACUUGCAGAUUUAGUAAAUGUUUCUUUGCAGCUUAUACUUAGAGAAUGUUUGGAUUAGAACUACUUUUCAAACCAGCUAUCAAAGGUAAUUAUUUUGGAUGGAACUGAACCCUGUAUGCAACCUUUAAACCAGGACUCAAAUUACUAAUGUGAUGACUUUCACUGGGCUGAUGUAAGGUUGGUGGUAACCUUCCUUGUCCUGGCAUAAUCCUGUGGGUUCUAGUUUAUAUAUCAUGAACUGGAAAUAAAAUUUGAUCACACAAUUCAUUGAACCAUUCAUACAACUUGUUAGUUCAGGACUUCCUGUAGUUAAGCAAAGGAGAACAUUGAAAUGGGCAUAGA